UAUUUUUUUUCUUGUAUCUAAUUUUCCAUUCAUCGAUCGUCCACGGAAUCGCAGGUAUUUUUCGAUUAAUCGUGUCUAAGGAAGCCUAUUCACCGUAGUAUGUAAAUUGUUUAGAAUACGCUUAAUAGUGAAGGAAAUGAGACAAUGAUAAUGGUCGAUUGAUAAAAUGCGGUCUCAUUUACAAGAGUUCAUUCAUUCAUAUAAUCGGCUGGCGAUUCAACGCUCGUUUAAAAGUUUAAAAUUCUACCGAAUUUUCGCGCAAUUAUGUAUGUAUCUUUAUCGCCUCGUAACACAUAGUAUACAUAAUACGUAUAGUGUAACACGUGUAACAAAGUAGCAUAGUGGAAGAUAGGAAACAGAACACGUUGAGCAAUCCGAUGUGCCAACUUCGACGUUGUAGCGUCAUUCUGAUUUACCAACAAAGCGAAUCACGUGCCGUGUGUAAUAGCCUACGUAACAGCUCGAGUACUCUUCUUCACCUUUUCAGGAGAUAAUAGAAAGUUUGAUACACGUACAUAUUUACUAUUCUACAUUCCUUCCAUUUCAUUCUACCGUAUCGUUGCUUAUCUUCUAUCGAGCCGGAUGAAGCUUUCGUAUGUUAUCGCUUCCUUCACUGGCCACCACCACGCUCUAGUUUUUCUUUUUGUAAUUCCCAGAAAAGUUGAUCGCGUUUGCAUUCCUCUGCUUGUUCUUGGUUCCCAACGAAACACGAGGCAGACGUUUCUCAAGAGACUCGCCCAUCGCGUCUUUUUUUUUUUCUUUCCUUUUUUCUUUCCUUUUUUUCUCCCUCUCCUCGUGGAAAACAUUUUCUUGUUCUCUAGCUAAGUGAUCCAUUGGAAACACGUGACUGGCCCUCUUAGGUGGUCUCGAGAUAGUGUUACAUGGAAACUGUUACGAAAUUUGAAAUUCGUCGCUGCUCUUCUUCUUACCUACGCACAGUUUUAUCUUUUGGCUUCGUAUUUUUGUCAUGAUAUAGGUAAUCAACAACGUAAUUAACGAUUGAGAAAGUUUGACUUUGUGAAGGAAACUUCGUGAUCGUUUCAUAUGAUGUAACGUUUGUCCCUCUGUGCCGUUCAGUUUUUUUUUUACGCGGUCUUAUCACAAAAGGAAGUUGAUAAAAAGAAUUUGAUGAAGACGGCGAAUGAAGUUGGCUACGAAACUCCCUCCACAAAGAUGUCAUUUCGUCUGUAUUUAUAGCGUUGACAACUUUUCGAAGCAUCGUCUGUGGAAAAAAGGUUACCCUGUAUAUGCUGACGAAGGCUGUACACCGCGUCUCUCAACGAUUCGACCUGUUAUAAUUCCAUACCGUUCUAAAAUAUUCGAUUCUUGUUUCAAGUUUUAUCGAAUGAAAUAUUUUGUCACGUUGGUUCUAUAGUUACGAAACUGUGAUUUAAAAUAUUAUUUUUUAAAUUUGACGCUAAACGAAAUGCGCUUUGAGAGAUUGACGAUAAUUUCACGAAAGCGUGAACGAAUGAACUUCGAAGAGAAAUUUCCCCGGUAACAUAGCCAGGGAACAAUUUUCUUCAGGGCCGGCGAUCACUGCGUAUUACCGCUGGAGAAAACAAAGGAUAAGAACCCCGGCCCUUCUUACUUCCAUUUACAAGAUGUUCGAAAGCCGACGAUGAGGCCAAGGUUAUUAUACGAACGCAGGUGUCGAUGCAGAUGUCGCAUAACAGACGGUGCAACACGACCGCGUGUACGGUACAUGGAAAUUUUAAUGAAAGUCCAAGAAUCAGCAAUAUCUAUCGCUCAAAGUUUGUCACAAGUGUCUGUUCCCAAGUAGAAGUCAAAAUGUUGUGAUGGCUGGAACAUCUCGACGUCCGAGCUCAGAGCUCGGACCUGAUCUGUCGUCUCCGACACCACCGAAGAAGUCCAAGUUCUCCGAGGCUUCGAUCGAGGGAACGUCCGAGAAGGAGCAUGAUUUGAGCACGGAAAAAUUGGAGAGCGUGGAGAAGUUAACGAGUACGAGUUCCUUGCCGAAGAACACGAUCGAAUUGAUACCAGGCAGCGAGUCGGAGACGAAUCCUUUCCAGAUCAGCGAGGAAUCUUUGGACAGCACCAAGCAACUGAUCCAAACUAACUUGGAGGGGCCGGCAAACGUGAAGGCUGGCUCCUCGAAGGAAGGACAGUUUGGUAGCUUUGAAACGAUCAUACAAAUGAAGUACAGUGGUCAGGAAGAACUAUCUGGUAGCUCUAGCAAGAGGUCAGAGUCGGAUAGCGAUGUACAAAUUCAGACUUCCUUACUCGGCGAGGAUGCAUCGUAUCAGGAAUUGUCUUUGAUCGGCAAUGGAGCUUACGGUACCGUUUACAAGGCCAAAGACUUGAAUACAGGACAAGUCGUAGCGCUAAAAAAAGUUAGGGUGCCGCUGACAGCAGAUGGACUACCCACGUCUACGUUAAGAGAAAUAGCUACCUUGAAACAGCUCGAAAGAUUCGAGCAUCCUCACAUCGUGAGACUGUUGGACGUUUGUCAAGGGAAUUAUCUACACUUGCCUUCAGCCGAUGGGAUGCCGGAGAGGCUAGAUCGAGGGUUGACUUUAUGGUUGGUGUUCGAACACGUAGAAAGGGAUUUAGCGUCUUACAUGUCCUCCUGUUCAGAGUCAGGUAUCCCGUCUCAUCUGCUGAAACAAAUGUCGCAGGAGAUACUGAAAGGAGUCGAAUUUUUACACAGUCACAGGAUCAUUCACAGGGAUUUGAAACCACAAAAUCUAUUGGUAUCCCGAGAGGGGAGAAUAAAAAUCGCAGAUUUUGGAUUGGCGAAAACGUACGACUUUGAAAUGAGAUUGACUUCUGUGGUCGUAACGCAGUGGUAUCGCGCCCCGGAAGUCCUCCUGGGCUGCUCUUAUGCCACCGCUGUUGACAUUUGGUCCGUAGGAUGCAUAUUAGCAGAAUUGAGUAUACUUGAACCUCUUUUCCCAGGUACAAGCGAAGGCGAUCAACUUGAUAGGAUUUUCCGAACAAUUGGAACUCCAGCGUAUGAAGAAUGGCCAGAAAAUGUGUCCCUUAGUUGGACAGCUUUCCCUUAUAGGGUACCAAAACCUCUUGAGUCAAUAAUACCUGAUCUCAAUGAACACGGAUUAGAUUUAAUUAAAAGUAUGCUUAUGUUUGAUCCUCAUAGACGAUUAACUGCAGCUCAGGCUCUCAGACAUCGGUAUUUCGCUGAAGAUGACUCGUGAUGAUUAUUAUUUCUGAGUAUUUUUUUGUUUUUGGUAUCUUUAGUAAUUUUUGAAACGUAGACUGACGUUGGUAUAUCCAAAAGUAUGUAAGCGUAUUAUUUUUUUUAAGGACAUCGUAGCAUUUUGUUUUUAAGCGGAUAGUAUAGUUUAUUACGAAUAUAGUACAAUAGGGAUUUUCGUAACUAUAUACGAUUUAUAAAUAUUCCUUUCUCAUUUAGAAAUUACAAUUGCAAAAUACGUUUACUACACUUUAUGAAGCGUAUCAUCAUCAUAUUUAAAUCAUACGACCAUUAGCUAAUUUCGAGAAAUCGUCAUAGUUUAAUUAUAAUUAUGUAUCUAACGAUAAUAUUGUUGACCUUAUUUAUUUAGGUAAUAUCUAAGAAGUAUUUUUAAUAUUACUAUUAGUUUCAUAAUAUCUAUGAAUUCAAUUAUAUCGACGUUCCAUUUUUUGUAAGUAAAGUAGAAGAUACUUUCUUGCAAAAAUAAAUGGGAUUUACAUAUAUCACGCGCACCAAAAAUGAUUUUGUGUAAUAAUUGACUAGGUGUGCCUUCCAAAGUCGUUGGAACGUUCACAACCUAUGCCUUAAUUUUCUAUGUAAUUAAACUUAACUGUAAUUACGUACCAUUAAGUAGCGUUAUUCUUGUAAGACUGGGGCCUACUGACCCGUUAGAUUUGUCGGAAAGACAUAGGAUCUCCCGUAAAAAAACCAGAAAGUACACUGCCAUAUGUAUGUAAAGAUAAUAACGAAUAGAAGUUAAUAAUGUAUUUUAUCUCUAGUAUGUGUAUAAAUCUUAAUAUUAGGCGAAUAAUAUAUAUAUAUACAUUAUUAUGCAGUUUGUAAAAAUAUGUGAAAGACGCAUGAAAAGACUGUACAGUAAAAUAAAGAUUUUAUAGUUUUAUA